CUGUUCAGUCACACACAGUAAUGGGAAAGAAAAGUCGCACGGGGACCGGGAGAAGAGCCAUUUUACAGCUUUCUCCUUUAGAAAUUCGCAGUGGAACAGCAGGUGGACGAGACGAGGUUUUAGAUUCUGGAUCCGACGGGGAGCCAGAUGAUAAUGCUAAUGGGCAAGGAGUCUACAGAAAGGUAAACAUGGAAAUGAAGACCCCAGCAGUAAAGGCAACACAGGGCUUAUCAUUGCUUGGUGCUUAUGAGGACAGCGAGGAAGAUGAUGCGUCUGAAGCUGUGGGUUCCACCACCAAGGCAAAGCUCAACCGAUCAGCAGACAUUGACAGCACACUUGCAAGUUUUAUGGCUGAAAUAGAUGCUAUUACCACUCAGCCAGGCCAAGCCGAUGACUCUGCUAAGGAAGACAACAGUGCUUCUGAACCUACCCCUCUACAUCCUGAACCUAAGACAGAGCAGCAGACUACUGCUCAGAAUGGCUCUGCUCGUGAAUUUCAGUAUGAUACGCAAUACUCCCUUGCAGGAGCUGGAGUUGAAAUGGGCGAUUGGCAAGAGGUGUGGGAUGAGAACACAGGUUGCUACUACUACUGGAACACCCAGACUAAUGAAGUUGCCUGGGAGCUCCCACAGUAUCUAGCCAACCAGAUGCAGAGCCUUCAGCAGUACACAGAAAGCUCUUCAGUCAAUGGCAACAAGGUGCUUCAUCAAACUGUUUCUGAGAAGUCUUCUGUUAUGCCGACCACCACGUUGAAGAAGGAACCAAAAAAGAAGGAAGUGAUGGAAAGUGUAGUGGCUUUAACAAGUGAUGAGGAGGAGCGAAAGGGAGUGGCUGCCUCUCUCCUGGCACCCCUUAUACCAGCAGAAGUAAAAGAGGCAGAAGAGAAAUGGAGGAAAAAGAUUCUGGCCACGGAGGAGGAGAAAACGGCCAGCGUUCAGGAGGUAGAUGGAGAGGCAGCUGAAGGCUCUCCUGAUGUUUGUGAUGGAGAAAGCCUCUCUCAGUCCAACCAGCAAAGCAGAAACCAGUCGAGAGAAAACACAGAUGGAGAAGAGGAGGCUGAGGAGGAUACCAUGGAACUGGAGCUUGCACUGGAAAGGAAAAAAGCUGAGCUUCGUGCCUUGGAAGAUGGUGAUGCCAGUGCCGGUGGUUCAAGCCCUUGUUCUGAGGCCAGUCAAGAAGGAUCUCAAGGCCUUUUGUUGAAGAAGACUAGGUGGAAAACAGCUUUUCUUCGUGCACAAAGUCCUGACUCAAACAGCAGAGGGUCUGACAAGGUGGAAUGGGACACAUCUGAACAGCCAAAAUCAGUACAUUCCAAAGCAGCUGAAAAACAAGGGGAUAAAGAAGAGCUGGAGGAUAAAACCGUAUCGAAAGCUCAAGAUGAGGAAACGGCAGACCUCAAGUUUCAGAUUGGAGAGCUUGCCAACACCUUAACCAGCAAAAUGGAGUUCUUGGGAAUUGACAAAAAGGCUAUGUCUAACUUUCAUCUGCUUUUGUUACAAACGGAGACACGGAUAGCAGAUUGGCGUGAAGGGGCUCUGAAUGGAAAUUAUCUCCGCCGCAGAUUGCAGGAAGCUGCUGAGCACAUAAAACAUUACGAACUUAACGCCACUCCCAAGGGCUGGUCCUGCCACUGGGACAGAGAUCACAGGCGGUACUUUUAUGUGAAUGACCAGACCAAUGCCUCCCAGUGGGAAUUUCCUGCAGUGGAGGAAGAGAAUGAAGGUGCCAAACCUCCUAGGGAACAACUGCCUUCGGAGACUUUCACCAGUACUGUAGGUACCUCCAGCGGAGAGGCACAGUCUUGCUGGUCUCAACCUCCACUUCCUCCAGAAGCUCCUCCUCCUCCACCACCUGUAGAGGAACCACCUCCACCGCCACCCCCUCCUGAAUCCCCUCCACCUCCACCUCCCCCACCUCUCAGUGAUGAUGGAGAAAUCGAGGAAGUGGAGAUGGAAGAUGAGAAUGCUGAGCCCCCUGCUCCUGGAACAGAAGAAUUUAGGGCCAGUGAAGCUACAGCUGCUCAGGCAGCCAUGGGUAAAGCACCGAAGAGGAAAGCACCAGGCUCAGAACAGCUGACCAAGGCCAUCACUAUUGGUAGCAGUCCCAUAAUCUACACCCAGCCUACUGUUGUUGCAGUUCCUGCAGUUCCAGUGAUGACCACAAAUGCUUACUGGGGAAUAUCUGCAGUAGCUGUACCUCCUGUGCCAUCAGAGCCCAUUGUUCCACUAAUGCCAGCACCACCUUCCCAACCUCUACCUCCAGCACCUCAACCACCAAGUGACCCAGCAUCUGGGAAAAUGCUUAUAGACAAAUCGAAGAAGUUAAAGAAAGAAAAGGUAAAAAAGAGCAAGACUAAGAUGCCCUCCUUGGUGAAAAAAUGGCAGAGCAUUCAGAGGGAACUAGAUGAAGAAGAGAAGUCAAGUUCCAGUGAUGAAGAUCGAGAACAACUAAACAACAAGCGAAUUGAAGAGUGGAAGCAGCAACAGUUUGCCUCAGGAAAAGCAAUAAAAAACGCUAACUUUGAGACCCUGCCUGACGACUGGAGGGAAAGGCUGUUAAAGAAGAGGAAGAUGAUGCAAAGUUCAUAGCAUCUGUCAAAUUGACUGUUUUUCCUCAUCCUGUUGUAGUAGGAUGAAACAGAUCAGUGUGAAUAUUUUUUUUAUAAACAUGUAUAUAACACCCUCUAUUUAAAUGGGGACGGUUUCUGUAAAAAUGACACGUCUUUGAUGGUUAUUGACAUUUGUAUACAUGGCAUAAAUGUACAAAGAAUUUUAUUUUAUAUUACUGGAUACUUGCAGGCACACCACAACUGCUAACACAGAUUUUCCUUAGUUAUUGUGUGAAUUGCCUUUUUAAAACAGGAUGUUUUGUCAUUCAGAUUAAUACAAAUGCUCUGUGGUGAUGUUAGGGAUUUAUUGUGCCAUUUUGUUCUGUACCCAAAGGGAUUUUUUCUAAAAAUGCUGUACUUUUAGAAGCCUGUAAAAUUUGGUGGUGAAGAUAGACUGGAUAAGCCAUUGGAAGUGCUAAAAUAAAUGCAAAAAUGCACAGCGUGGGGCAAACAACUGUGAAAUGACUUCUUCUAUUAAUAAAGUUAAGUAAUGAAAUAGGGCACAGUCCUGGUUUUCACAGUUUGGCUGCUGAUUGGGUACUGAAUAUAGAUGCUCACUCCAGCUUCAAGCCUAGUAAUUUAUAUUGCUGCAGGAGCCAGGCAAAUCAUUUAGUAUAAAUUAUAAGCGACUAAUCGUUUUCUCUUUUUAAAACUACAUAAAAAAACCUUUACAAAUGUGUCAGUUGCUGUCUCCACCCAAGGACAUAUGUCUGUUUAACUGCACUGUAAUAUUUACAUCUCUCACUGGAGUGUUCUGUGUAGUUCUCCUCAACUGGAAAUGAGAUUGGAAAAUGGGUUAUGUUUUGUAUGUUGUUACUGCUAAAUAAAUUUUUACUAUGUGUUUAUUUGUUUCGACCUUCCUAAAAAUUCCGCAGCCCUGUAACAAUCUACUGAAGUGUUUAGGGAUUUCUAAAGCAUCCAGAAAACCUAAGAUGAUAGAUAUUUCCACUAGUGUCUUUGGAAGAAUUUCUCUCAAAUGAUUAUAGAUAAAGUGGUUGAUUUACUUGGUAACACUAUUACAAUACUAUUGAAAAACAGGAUGCCAAAGAAAUAAAUGUUUUGAGUAAAGGUUGUUAAAUGUCCCCUGCUGGAAAUAAUGCAUGCUGGACCGAAUUCCAAUGUACCAGUUCAUAUAAUUACCAGUUCAUUAUUACAAUUUUAGUAAUUUUCAAUUUAUUCUUGAAGCAUGUAGACAGAAAUUAAGUACAGACAAAUCCAGAGCAGCAGGUUUGUGUGUUGAAAUACUGUGUUGAAAAGGGGCAGAAAAUAAUUAUUAGUUUAGAGGCAACCACUUCUCCAUCAAAACAGUGCAGUAGUAUCCACGAUUUUCCUGAACUUUGACCUUUCCCGUGAUUCGUAGCUGAAGCCGGUUUUUGACUUCCGGUUACAGUGUUUACGUUCUGAACGACAGAAGUAGUGGUCAUUCGUAACUGGUUUUUUUUAACAAACAUGGCCAAAAGCACUCGGUGGUUGAAUAGUAAGUGUAGAGCGACUGUCUAUUUAUGCAUUUUGUUAGACGAGUGCACUGUUGUACCCUUAUUCCCUCCUCUCGGUGUGUUGUUGGAGCGCACUCUGCUCACUCGCAUGUCCGUGUCUCUGCAAGCUGAUACUCCGAACAAUAAAGCAGUUUUUUUUUUUUUAAA